AUGGACGAGGCGGCGAAGACAUACGCUGAGGAGUUGACGGCGAAGGCGCACGGUGAGGACUUGCGGGCGUUUGAGGCGGCGUGUCGUGCUGGGGACGUGUUGGCGUUGGUUCGGUUAUUGAGGUCGCCAGAGGCGCUGCCGACGGCGGUAGCGCAGAACAGUUGGAUAGCCCCUGCGAGGUCGGUGAGCGCGUUGGCUGCAAGUCAGUUGGGGUCUUUGGCGAGUGGGGACGACGUAUCGGCUGUGGAGCAGUUGGUUGGUACGGAUGCGGUGGCCCGCUUGGUGGCAAUGGUGGGAGAGGGGCCGGACCGGCGGGACUCAGCGAUUUUAGCGCUGAGUUUCAUCUCCGCCGCUGCGGUCCCAGGCCUCGCUGAACAGUUACACACAGCGAACAUGAUGACGCGGCUGGUCCAGGUCAUAGUUCGCGCAGCCGAGUUGUCUGUGCACCCGCAGAUCCUUGCGGCCGCGGCCCAAGCAUGUCGCAACCUUUUCGCCACACAUGAACAAUACAAGACCGCCUUCCUUCAAGCACGAGGUCUCGACGCGCUUUCCGAAAUACUCGCCCUCGAAGAUGAUGACGCCAAAUUAGAAACUAUCUACCACCUCGACGAACUCAUUACAGACCCACAAACCCAAGAAGUACUCACGCAGUUCGCCGACCCCGUCAAAAACACACCAAUCAUCCAACAACUCCAACAGGCAACACUCUCGCAUGAUGAAGAGGUGGUCGAGUCAGCUAAAUCGGUGCUAGCUAAGUUGGGCACAGCUCAAGACUGA